AUGGAAGCCAAACUGCAAAAGCUCAAGGUCGUCGACCUCAAGGACAUCCUUUCCAAGGCGAACGCCCCUGCCAAAGGCGCCAAAAAGGCCGACCUCGUCGCCGCCAUCCUCAACAACCCGUCGGCAGUCGACGUGUACAACAGCAUCCAUGGCGAGAAACCGCCCUCAGGGACUCCCACGGCAACGACAGACGAGAUAAUAGAGCCAGAACAGAUCGAAGAGGAACUGCCUGCGCCGUCCAGCAAUACCGUUUCGCACCCGCCGCCGUCAACCUCGAACCCCGCUCCUCCCGCAUCCACAGCACCUGCUUCCGCGGCCACGUCAGCUGUGGUGGAGGCUCCCGCACCUGUGGCCACGGACACUGCGCCCGUCGACGAAGAAGCCGAGAAGCGGCGGAAACGCGCCGCACGCUUUGGCAUACCAAUGGUAGAGCCGAAGGCGCCGCCUCCUGCCAAAACCGGGAACAAGCGUCCUGGUCCGGGUGAGCGUAAGGCGUCUACCAAGGGUGUGCCGACCCAGGCCGCGGUGGGAGAAGACCCGGAAAAGCUGGCAGCCCGCGCUGCGCGCUUUGGUAUUCCGGACAAAGCCAAGACAGACGCCACGACAGGCAAGACGGAAAGAGGCUCGCCGAAGUCCGGUGCCGGUGCUGGACGUGGUCAGAAGCGUGGUACGCCUGCGGAGCAGCUCGAUCCGGAGGAGCUCGAGAGGCGAAAAAAGCGCGCGGAGCGUUUCGGUAUCAAAGCAUAAUGUUUAUAUUCGCUCGGGGCUGCUACGCCUUAUUGCUACGUGAUCCUGUUCAUUGUAUUGCUGUUGCCACACUAUCAAAUGGAUACACAGCGCGGUGUUUCGUAUUCAGUGUAUCGACCCAAUUGUCCGGGACAUAAUCGUGUCAUGCAAAUAAC